AUGAAAGCUUUUGCAUUUGAAGGUGUCGAUGCAAUCUUCAUGUGCGUCAUUAAAGAUCAUAAAUAUUUCAAGCAAAUUUAUAAAUUUCUCAUCUUUACUCAAAAAACACAUUUGCAAAUUGAUUUGAAGCGCUUUGGAGCGAAAUAUCAAUUGAGAAAAUUGGAACAAUCAAUAAACGUCUGUAAAACUCAUUUGAACUUAAAAAAUGUCUCGUAUCAACUUCUUUUGAUGUUUGCAGCUAGUAAAAUCUGGUUCAGGGAAGAAUAA